AUGGAUCAACUCAAAGGUGCCCUCGGCAGCUUUGCAGGAAGUAAUGAGAACAAAGAAGGUGGUCACCAGGGCAGCUCUGGAGGGGGCAACUUUCUCGGUGGACUAGGUGACAAACUCAACUCAGCGGCGGGUGGUGGAAAGGAGGGCGAGAAGAAUGAGGAUAUGCUUGACAAGGGAGUCGACUAUGUGCAAGAGAAAUUCCUCAAGCAAGGACCUCAAGACAAUGAGAGUGCCAUUGAGCAAGCCAAAGAUGAGCAGAUCAGUGAUUUCAUCCGAGACCAAUACAAGUCUGCCACGGGUUCCGAGCUGCCCGUCAAGGACAAAGACACCAAGUUUUCCUGA